AUGUCAGCCACCGAUGUGCUCAGCACAUUCACUGCACGGUCAAAUGCUUUCAGCAUAGAUCCGAGUGAAUGGGCUUUUUUAAAUGCCACACUCGGAGGACGUCUCAUGCAAGCAAUACCAGUUGCCCAACCAUGCUUUUCUCAAGGUGGCGGGUCAAACCAGACGGCCUUUUCGGACCUGCAAACGCAUAAUGAAGACCACAUUUUUCGAUCCAACCACUUUGGCGCCUACGAGAAUACUAACUGGGAGACAUGCCAAAGUACGGGAGAUGAGUGCUUGCUGGACUGGACGGAUCCCACCAAUCCAACUGCGUUUGCGACUCCUCAAAAGUGUCUGCUGGGUAACAUACCAAGUUAUUAUUAUAUGAAGAUUGAUAUCUCAGGACCGAAUGAUGUGAAAGCUGCGUUCAACUUUGCGAAUCAGACAGGGAUUCGGCUUUCUAUCAAGAAUACAGGGCUUACUCUCAACGAAACAUUUAUUCCCGAUGGUUGCAGCGCUUCCGAAUCAGGCAUGACAGCGAUAACAAUCGGAGCAGGCCAACAGUUCCGCACCAUAUACAACUUUGCGAAGUCAAACAAUAUCACAGUUGUGGGCGGGGCUGACCCCGCUGUUGGAGCGUCGGGCGGGUGGGUUAUGGGUGGCGGACACAGCGCAUUGUCCGUUACUAUGGGCCUCGGGGUGGACAGAGUGCUGGAGUUCAAGAUAGUUACACCGGAUGGGCAGUACCGUACUGCAAAUCGAUGCCAAAACCAGGAUUUGUUUUUUGCGCUGAGGGGAGGUGGAGGAGGGACAUUUGGUGUUGUGCUGGAGAGCACACAUAUGGCAUCUCCACGGGUGACUAUCCAAGCGCAACCGCCAGCUGGAGCUGCCUUCUGGGCAAAUCCUGUUCUCAACGCGACUGAAGCGAAACACUCUGCCUCUGGAAUGGUCGACGCGUUCGCCUCCGUAAACGGCACUACUACUUUCUUUACGUUGGACUCCUUUUCCGACUUCUACGAUAUGUUUAUUGACCAGCAACCAGACCCAGUUGGGCGGCCCCAAGUAAUAGGCACUCGCCUGAUCCCAUCCGACAAGUUUGACGACGACAUCCUAAUAGAAGCUAUAAUAAGCGGUAUGCUUGAUUCAGACUUCAGCCAGAUCACCGCUGUCACCCCAUUCUCUUUUAAAAAAUUCAACGGCAACGACACCUCCAUAAACCCAGCUUGGAGGACGGCAAUAUGGCAGACUGUACUCAGCUAUGCGUGGAAUUUUAACUCAACACUGGAGGACCGCGUCGGGUCCUACAAUAAGGUAACACAAGGCAUGUCAAUCAUCCGCGAGCGCACACUAGAUGCUGCUGUAUACUUUAAUGAAGCUGAUGUGUAUGAGCCGGACUAUAUCAAUGCAUUCUGGGGAGAAGACAACUAUAAGAAGCUGUUAGCUAUCAAGCAGAAGUAG